AUGUCCCAGGAGGCAUCUGCAGAAGAAGGCUUUGGCACAGUGGACACUGUGCUCAGCCCCCCACGCUGCUCUGAUGCUUGCCAGAAUGAGGGAAAAGCCAGCUUUGCGUCAUGGUUGAUCCCUCAUCAGCCAGGGGCCAGCUGGGGGACUGGAGUCUGGACUGACACCAGAAAGGGGGGCCUCGAGGAAGAUGCCCAGCUGGUCACCUGCUCCCAGGCUGCUGCCUGCAGAUCAGAGGCGCAGUCCCACUUGAUGCAAGCCACAGGGUUGAGCCAGAACUUGGAGCCCAGCCCUGAGGCUACCCAGCCAGUAUCUGCUGAGGGGAGGGUUGAAGCCAGGAGGAGGCUCCACAUUUCUCUGACUGAUGUCUUAGCCAGAAAGCAGCCCACUACCUGCUACAGUGUGUGCCAGGAUCUCCCAGAGGAAGCUGGGGUGCUUCCCAAGGCUAACUCCCCCAGGCCUGGAGAGAUGGAGGAAGGUGGAAGGGGUACCGUGGAAUGUAAUGGGACAAGUCCCUCCUUCAGCAAAGAGGGACCCCCCAAAAGUCACCUGCCAUGCUCACCAGGCCUGCUCCCCACCAGGGCACAGAAGAAACUCAAGUGUCAGACUUUUGGAGAGGGCAAAGAGGAAGCUUGUGGCUUCUUGUGGCUCAGUGAGGACACCCCUCAAAGUGCUGACCUGGAAUCCCCAGGGAUCCAAUGUGCUCCUCUCUCUCCCAGGAACCCUGAGUAUGGUCCUGGAGAUCUGGGUGGAAGUUGGCUAGAAUGGACACUGGGAGCUGAUGAUGUAGGGGGAUGUUUCCCCCCUGGAGAUGAUGGGGCCCUUCCACAGAGCCCUUAUGACCUUCCUGGGUCCCCACUAACAGAAGGAAGUGAGCCCCAAGGAGCAGCUGCAGAGAGGCCUCCACAGAACCCUGACCUGUGCCUGGGUGAGUCUGGAAAAACUUCCAUGGGGAAGCAAGAAUCUGAGCACAGGGUUUGGGCUGGUGCUGAUGAAGGCUGUGUCACUUCUCAUGACCCGGAGCAGUUGGAAGAUGAGGCCCAGCCAGUGUGCUGGGGCCAGCCUGGGCAAUGUCUGUCUCCCCACAAUACCUCGGCCAACUGCCCAAAGAUUUCCAUUAGCAAGGCUCCCUCAGGACCAGUCACUGGACAAAGACAAUCUCUCAGUGCUAAGACAUUGAAGAGGAGGCCAGAGGUUUAUGCCCAGGAUGAAGGCACAGAGAGAAGCUCAGACAACUCAUCUACAGUACAGCCAGAGAAACACAGUCCAGAAGUCUGCUUACAACUGGAGGAAAUGAAAAUUUCCUGUGGGGUGAAGAGAGUGUGCUAUGUGGCUGAAGGGCCAGUGAUAAGACUCCUGGGCACCUUGGGCCAGGCCCAGGCAGGGAAGUCGCAGCCUCUGCAGCUGGAGCCUCUGGAGGACAUGAUGGAGAUCAGCUCAGCCAGUCCUGCCCAGAGGCUCAGAAGGAGGGGCCAAUGCAUGGCCCAGUGGACCCCCACAGGACAGAACCAUCACCAGGAAGCUGAAGAGGAGAUGCCUUCUGAACAGGACAAGGAAGAGUAUGCAGGACAGCCCUUCCUGGAUACUGGGGUGCGGGAUACUGUGGUCCAUACCAUGCAGAAGGUGCUUUGGACCCGCCUUCAGGAGCACCCGAGCCUGGCCCCGAGCUGGGAGGCAGUGGAGGGCAUCGCUAAGAGCAUUGAGGCUGCCCUCUUUGCCCUGACACAAGCCACCAAUAGCCACUACAAGAAUAAGUACCGCAGUCUGCUGUUCAACCUGAGGAACCCCAGGAACCCUGAGCUGUUGCUCAAAGUGCUUCAAGGAUCUAUCACCCCCCAUGACCUGGUGCGGAUGAACUCCAUCCAGCUGGCCUCCCAGGACCUGGCCCGCUGGCGGGACCAGGAAGAGAAAAGGGGCCUGGCACUCCUGGAGCAGCAGCAGCAGGAGCCAUACAGCCUCCCAGCCUUCAAAGUGACCCAUAAGGGGGAGGUGGAUAUUCUUCGAGACACAGAACAGUCUCUGAUGCUUGAGUACUUGGUGCCCACCCUGCCAGAGGACCUCACAGAGAAGCACAUGCCCCACUUCCCGGACCCCAACUGCCAAAACACCUGCACUGAUGGGAAAGAGACACAGCAGGGCCCAGACCCCACAAGUAAGCCACAGGAUUCUCCCAUGGUCCCAGGCAGGAUAGAAGACGAUAUCUUCCAGAACACUCUGAGCUCAGUCCCCAUGUGCUCUCUGAAGAUGUCCCCAAAUGGGCAGAAGUCUUCCGUGGAACCUCAGGACAGGCCCCAGAUGCCCAAUGGGCCCACAGAGACACCCUCCAGCCAGCCACCCUGGGAAGGUGCUGUGGACAUGUUCUCCAUCAAGCGAUUCCGGGCCAAAGCCCAGCUGGUGUCAGGACACAGCUGUCGACUUGUCAUGGCCCUGCCAGAGGUGAUCCGUUCAGCAGGUUGCAUCCCUUCCAACACUGUCUGGGACCUUCUGGCCAGCGUCUGCCCAGCCGAGGCUAAGGAUGUGUGUGUGGUCAGGCUGUGCCCACAUAGCUCCCGGGAUGUGCAGAACUGUCGCCUGCUCUACUCCUACCUCAACAACAAGCAACGCCACUGCCUGGGUGCUGUGGAAGACAUGGGGUUAGUCCUGCUGCCUCUGCCCGCCUUCCAACCAUUGCCUGCCAGACUUCGCCCACUCGGAGGCCCAGGCCUGGACAUCACUCACUCCAGUCUGUUGCUGGCUGUGCUGCUCCCCAAAGCAAAGCUUAAGGACCCCAUAAAGCCACGUCCCUUGAAGGGCAAAGCCCGAAAGAUGGUCUCCUUCAACAGGAAAGUGGAGCUGAGAUACUACCAACCAGAAACCAGGAAGCCAGCAGUGGCCUCAAAGGGUCUCUCUGGCUCCUGGCGCUGUUGGGACAGAAGCCUCACCCCCAGGGGACUAUGUUCCUGGCAAAGACCCCCCAGAGGCAGGGGAAGACUAUGGGGAGAGCCUGAGACUGAGAAGCAUCCUGAGAAAGGGCUCUGUCCCCAAGAACAAGGCUGGAGCCAGUCCUGGCACCCCCAUCUGGCGGCACCAACAGAUGCUGGUCAAAACCAUGGCCAGCACUUUCCUGGGGCCUCCUGUCCCCGCCAAGCCCUUCUUCAGUAUCUUGAAUCCCUGGUGACCAUGAGCCAACAGCUCCAAGCCUCACUGAGGUCUUCAGACCAGAAAUCUGUUCCCCCAUCCUUUGCCACAUCAACCCCUCUCACCACAGUGCCUGAAAUCCUUGGCCUCCUUUACCAGACUCCUACAGUGCCUGCCCCACCUGGCUUAACUACUGACUCCUCUUUGGACUCUGCAGAAGGAACUGGACUUUAG